AGAGAGAGAGAGAGAGAGAGAGAGAGAGAGAGAGAGAGAUCUGAUUUCCUUCGUCGUUCGCAUUCAAUUUCUCUGAUCGAGCAAGUCGCAGCCUUCUGACGGUAUGAAGCAGUAAUCGUGGGUUGAAAUUAGGUGAAUUGGUCGAUCGAGGAAAAAGAUCAAAGAAGAGAGAUGAAUAACCACAACCACAACAACGCUCUGGAUACUAUAAGCGCGGCCGCGACUGCGAUUGCGUCGGCCGAGAGUCGUACGCCUCAAGCUUCAGUUCAGAAAAGAAGAUGGGGAAGCUGCUGGAGCAUAUACUGGUGUUUUGGGUCUCAAAAACCAAACAAACGAAUUGGGCACGCCGUUCUUUCUCCUGAAACAACAGUUCCUGGAGCAGCAGUUACUGCAGCUGAAGUUCCACCCCAAGCGCCUGCUCUUGUACUCCCCUUUGUUGCACCUCCCUCCUCUCCUGCAUCUUUCCUUCACUCAGAACCUCCUUCGUGUACACAAUCACCAGCAGUUUCCCUGUCUAUAUCUGCCAGCAUGUAUUCCCCCGGUCCCACCUCCAUCUUUGCUAUUGGACCUUACGCUCAUGAGACCCAGCUAGUCUCACCACCAGUCUUCUCCACCUACACCACUGAACCAUCCACCGCUCCUUUUACUCCUCCUCCUGAGUCUGUCCAAGUGACUACACCUUCAUCUCCUGAAGUCCCGUUUGCUCGGCUCCUUGACCCCAAUCACCAAAAUAGAGCAUCUAGUCAGAGAUUCCAUUUGUCUCAUCAUGAAUUCCAAUCAUAUCUUUACCCUGGAAGUCCUGUGGGCCACUUGAUCUCGCCCAGUUCAGGUAUCUCCAAUUCAGGCACCUCAUCUCCUUUCCCCGAUCGUGAAUUUAUUCCUGGUGGUCCUCAGUUCCAAAUUGGGGACCCUCCCAAGCUUUUGAACCUUGACAAGCUGUCAGCCCGCGGAUGGCGAUCCGAGCAAGGAUCUGGGUCCUUGACCCCUGAUGCUGUGGGACCCAGAUCGCGGGACGGUUGUCUUCUGGAUCGUCAAAAGUCAGACAUUACAUCGCUGUCAACUUCAUUCAAUGGGUGGAGAAAUGCUGAAGCUAUUGUCGAUCAUAGAGUAUCUUUUGAGGUUACUGCUGAAGAUGUAGUCAGAUGCCUGGCAAAGGUGCCAUCUGUGGCCAGGCCUGUAUCACCAUAUCUAGAAAAUGCAGAAAUUUCUGCUGAAAUGGAUGAGCACGUUGAUCGUGGAGCCCAUCCUGGUGAAAUAUCUGACAACGCCAACGAGAAAACGUCCGCGGAUGGAGAGGAAGGGCAGCGGCCUCAGAGACAUCGCUCUAUUACGCUUGGUUCUGUUAAGGAAUUCAACUUUGACAAUGCGAAUCGUGGAAACUCAGACAACCCUACUAUUGGCUCCGACUGGUGGGCCAAUGAGAAGGUAAUUGGGAAGGAGCAGGAGCCCUCUAUGGACUGGGCCUUCUUUCCUAUUGUACAGUCAGGUCCGUGAGCUAACUGAUACGGGCAUCACAAGUUCCGGGGAGCACAAAUGAAACCUUGGCUUGAUUUUGGCAUUUCCAAUUCCACCGGGAUAGCCCUUUCUUGAAAAUAUUUGGAUGAAAUGAUGGGGAAUUGGGUUUCUUAAACUGGAAAAGACGAUAUGCUCGGGUGACUACUACUAGAAGGCUGUUUUAGAGAACUUCAUCACCUGGAAAUCAUAGCAGGUACUGUUUUAUUAGGAUCAGUACGCUUAGUUCAUUAUCCUUUUUUCCUCCUUUAGGCCGAAGGAUAUAUAAGCUAACUGCUGCAUUAAAUAUGCCUUUAUUGUUUUUGUUUUGUAAGAUAGAUUAUAGAUUAGAAAAGUGGAAGUGGCAAAAAUUAUGUUGCUGAUGGUAACAAUGAUAGGGUUGAGAACUUGAUGUUUUAGACUAUUCUUAUGGAAAUUGAAUAAUGCCCUUGUCAUUUGUAGCCUGUACAAAUUCUAGUUUCCCAGUGUAUCUCCUAUUUCUUCUGAAAUUUGCAGGCAAGUAUGAUAGUUUCAUUGCGAUUUUUUU